UUGCGACUACCCUACGAGCUCCGUCGCAAGAUCUACUCUUACCUCCUACCCUACACAGAAACAAAAACCUCUUCGGGCAGUUUGAUCGCAGAAGCAACAACCGGAUCAUCAGCGGCGAGUACGGCACAUAAAACCCACCUGGCAUCUCUACCAUCCGCCAAAUACGCAAAAAAUACCAUCCUCUGGCAUCGUGGACAAACCUCUAUACUCAGUGCAUGCCGCCAAUUACACGCAGAAUGCUCAACAAUCCUAUAUGGCGAAAAUACCUUCGUGCUCUGGAUAUCUUACGAUCAAAUCCAAUUUCGAUUUCGCUGGGUGCUUGCGUCAGGAUUGGCGCCGUCACAUGCGUAUGAUUUCCUGGCUGGGUGGGGAGGAGCAAAGUAUAUCGGGAAGAUAAAAAAAGUGGUCAUGACGGUGGAUUGCGUAGAUGAGUAUACGGGGAUGAUCAAGUAUAAUGUAGGUGGGAGCGGAUUGACUCAUGGUCUACGCUUGCAAGUCCAAAAAUUGGUACGGGCGAUC